GAAUAGGACCCUACGUCACUUCCGGGUUUAUUCGGACGAUAGCAUGGAUGGACAGUUGUAGAAAAAAAAAUCUGGUUGCCAUGAAUUUCAGCUAGCCAGCCACCGACAGCUGUCAGUACGCUUGAGUAAAAUCAUCCAUGUCAAGACACAAGCAGGAUCUUCGGAUUCGUGUGUUGCUUCUGUGUAUAUGUAGGGGCACACCAGCCUGCCUGCUAACCUUCUGUAAAUCGAUCCUGCUGGCUAAGUGACUAGACCAGAAAACCUUGGCACCAUUGUGUGCCAGUUCAGUUCAAGACCCAGGGAUUUCUGAAUCCAGAAGAUGAACGGUCUGUCCAUACGAGAGCUAUGCUGCCUGUUCUGCUGCCCCCCUUGCCCCAGCCGCAUUGCAGCCAAACUGGCUUUCCUCCCCCCAGAGCCCACCUAUGCCCUUCUCCCUGAUCCAGAUCCAGGUUCUGGAGUUGUGCCUGCUUCUGGAUCCAGUUCUGGCGCUGCUGUGCCUUCUCUUGGAGCACCAGGGCUGCGUUCUCGGCUCAGUGCUAGUAGUGGAAGUGAUCGAGGUGGUGGAGCCGGCGGCGGUGGCGGUGGUGGAGGUGGAGGAGGAGGAGGAGGAGGAGGAGGAGGAGGAGGUGGCAACAGUAGCAGCAGUACUGGGGGUGAGGGCAGGUGGAAACUUCAUCUCACAGAGAGAGCGGAGUUCCAGUAUUCCCAGAGAGAGCUGGAUGUGACAGAUGUAUUCCUGACCAGAUCCAGUCGAGGAAACAGGGUGGGAUGCAUGUACAUUCGCUGUGCCCCCAAUGCCAGGUUCACAGUCUUAUUUUCUCAUGGCAAUGCAGUAGAUCUGGGCCAGAUGAGCAGCUUCUACAUCGGUUUAGGCACACGCAUCAACUGCAACAUCUUUUCCUAUGAUUACUCAGGCUAUGGUGUUAGCACCGGCAAGCCCUCUGAGAAGAACCUAUAUGCUGAUAUUGAUGCUGCCUGGCAUGCUCUGCGCUCCCGGUAUGGCAUUAGCCCUGAGAAUAUCAUCCUGUAUGGACAGAGCAUCGGCACGGUGCCCACAGUAGACUUGGCGUCACGGUUUGAGUGUGCUGCUGUGGUCCUCCACUCUCCUCUCACUUCUGGCAUGAGAGUGGCUUUCCCUGACACCAAGAAAACAUACUGCUUUGAUGCAUUCCCAAACAUAGAGAAGGUAUCAAAGAUCCCGUCUCCAGUGCUCAUCAUCCACGGUACAGAGGACGAGGUGAUCGACUUCUCUCAUGGCCUCGCCCUGUUCGAGCGCUGCCCCAAAGCGGUGGAGCCCCUCUGGGUGGAAGGAGCCGGUCACAACGACAUUGAGCUUUACAGUCAGUACCUAGAGAGGCUACGGCGCUUUAUCAACCAGGACCUGGCGGCACAGCAUGCCUGAGAAACAAACAACAGCUUCUCCAAGUUUGUAUGAAUGAAACUGUGAGACUGAGGACGUUAGCAUGUUGCAAGUGUGGGUGAGAAACUGACUUAAAAAGGAUGUGUGAUUUUUGUCACAUCUGUGUGUCUUUGAAGCAGCACACCUUUAGGUUACUUUUAAAGUGCGACAAAUGUUCAAAUAACAUCCCGUUUUAAAGGUGAGAACUGUUUUUAAAACAUCAUUAGCCGCAUCCAUCUGUAUUGCGGAAUGUGGUGAAACACUAAAAACAAAAUUCAAGUUUCAGCAACUUGACAGAUACAGUUUUUAACAUGGGAAAAGAAGUAAGUCGCAGCUUUAAAAUGUUUCAGAUGAAUUAAGAAGUAACAACGCUGUGCUCUGGCACACAGAUGUAGUUUUUAAUUAUGUUAGUGAAUGUAUGAGUCAUGGAUGUAAGUGUUGAGCGUAUAUUCAUAUCUCCAUGGACCUGUGACACCUGAAACGUGUGCAUGUUUGAAUGUGAGAGAGAACGUGUGUGUGUGUGUGAGAGAGAGAAAGGCAUUGCAGAAAAACAAAAUGAAGGACAACCUGAAAACUUGGACAGCUGCAAGUGGAGAAAGCUUUUUUUUUUUUUUGCCCAAGUAUGUAUGAAGAAUACCUCCACAUGUUGACCAGUUCUAUCACCAGUGGACAAGCACCGGUCAAGCAUAUCCCCCCUCACCCCCCCCCCCACACACACACAAUGUUUACCUGACUGACUGCCAGCUAACACUAACCAACAUUAGUUGUGUGGUCUGGGGGUGGUGGUGGUGGUCCGUCUCCUUCCCUUUGGUGUCUGUUACAGUAGACACAGAAGGACUUGUCUGAAAUAAUAUCAUAACUUGUAUGGCUGUUGGAUGUCUCAUACUUUCCUCUUUCUCAUUUUUCUGUUCUGAUAAUAUCAGAGCAUGGCCGCUUCAUUUCCUGGCUGUGCUGUAAGCCUUUCACUGUUCACAGAAUUGCAACAGCAACUUACAGGGAAUUAUUUUGAAUUUCCCUGUAUUGCUUUUUCCCAUCUAGUCCUACAUAUUGGUGAUUAUGAGUGAUGAUGUGGUUGAAAUGGACAAAGAUAUUUGAAAACCACACUGAGAAUUUCUCUGUCCAGGAGUAAGUAAAAUUUAAAGGAAUAGUUUGCCACUUUGAGAAAUGAGCUCGUUUGCUGUUUUGUUGAGAGUCAGAUGAGCUCUUAUGUGAAAGUGACUGCGCCCAGACAGGAAAUAAAACCAUGACAUGCCGUUUCUACACCUGAGUUUCCGAGACUUAGUGUGUUUUGUUUUGUUUUUUUUAAAACUUCAGGUGAAUUUUGUUACCUUCGCAGAGAGCCUGGCUAAUUGUGUAUCUCUGUUUGCAGUCUUUGUGCCAAGCUAAGCUAACCUGUUCCUGGCUAUAGCUUCAUACUGACUAUACAGACUCUCGUCAAGAAAGCAAAUGUGUGUCUCCUAAAAUGUCCAACUGUACGUUUAAGUCCAAAGCGCAGCUGUUGAGGAGGUUUGUGAAUAAUAUCUCUCCUCUGGUGAACACAAUCUUUGACGUUCUGGCUGGAUUUGGAGACGAUAUAGGGAGAUACAGUAGCUGCUCAGUUCACCAAGCCAGAGAGGAUCGUAUCCAUUCAGAAUAAUCUCCUUGUUUUGUCAGAAUCUGUUUGUAAUAUUGAUGAACUUGUAGUCUUACAGCACAGUUUGUUUUCCCAGCCACACUCAUUAGUCAGACUCCUUCAGCGCAUUUUUUUUUCCUAACAUUUAUGUCUUGAUGUAAUUAAUCUGAACGUGUUUGACGUAGUGUAGGGCCAUGGAUUGUUGGGCUCAAAACCAUGCGUGUCAAUGUUGUGACUAACAGUGUAAUUAAGAUCGGGUGCCAGGACAGGACAUCAUGCCUCCUUGCUCUGCCUCUAGCUCUUUAUCCUCCGUGGCCCUAAAUGUACAGGAGCUCUCUUAUGGGUGGCAGCAGGCUUUAUGUCUGACACAAGCCAUAUUUGAGCCUCUCACUGUUGGUGUGGUGCAGGUUCCACCACACACAUCUUUGCACAUCAUCACACGCGUGCACACACUCACACACACACACACACACAGACAGAACAUACACGUGCAUACACACUCAAUACAUGUACUGUAGUAUACAGUAUAUUUACACGUUUAUAUGUACCAGAUCAAGCAUGACAAAAGCAGGUCUUAGUUCAGCACUAUUGUACAAAGCAUCCAAAGUGUAAUAAGGGUAUAAAAUGUAAGUUUGUGUGUAUUCAUUAUUAUUGACUGUCUUCUAGAGGCCAGCAUUAAGGAUACUAACAUCACCUUUGAAUAAGUAGUUAAAGGCCCUAUGUGUAGAUCUGAAAAAGCCCAGGAACUGGUCUUAUGGUCGCACGCUAGCACCACUUCUCAGAUCUACACAUGGUGUCUGCUCCAUAGGAGACCAUUCAGUUUCAGUGGUAGUAGCUACAUUUUUUUUCUUUUUUUUUUUUCUCUCAAGGGAACAUGUACUAAACUAGCACUGAUCUGAUUACUCCAUUUUGGGAGUACAAGUGGAAAAGGUUACAGAACACCAUUCUCUCUCUCUCUCUCUCUCUCUCUCUCUUUCUCUCUCUUUCUCUUUCUCUUUCUCUUUCGCCCUCUGUCAUCUGUUAGAGCAGGGAAUUUUUCCAUUCUCAUCCUAUGCUUCAUGUGUCUGAUAUUUAAAUAAUGGAAAUCUGUUACCAUCUUGAACCAGGGAUCUGAGCUGUCAGGAGAAUUUGAGAGAAUUAUCACCUCUUUGAUAGCAGAAGCAGGCCUCAGCUUCUCCUGGACUUGUCACGUUAUCAGGGAAACCACUGGAUCCACCUUUCAUUCAUGGGUUUCAAGAAACAAGGUGGAAACUUGCUGUGUUAUUGAUGCACCACUAUGGUUGACGUAUAUCGUAUCUUCUGGCCCUGAAUGUUUAUUGAUGGGGUGGGGGGGUGGGGUCGAACAGUGAAAACUGUAUGCAUGUCUAUUGUGUUUUGCAGAGCAAGUGAUGGGGUGGGAUGUUAUCUCUAUUAUGUAUUCUAUGUGAGGGUAAAGCUGAACUCAUGACAUCGGAACAUUGAAGCGCUUUUUAAAAAAACAACAUGGGACGUUUAUUUGAAUUUUUUAUUGCUGAUACUAACUGAUGUAUUGUUGAGUUUCGUGCUAGAGUUUGAGCGGGGCAGCGGUGGGUGGGGGGCUGACAAUAUUAGUGGGCUGUUUAUAUGGUUACUGUACUUACCUAUUCUAUUCUUUGUAUUAUGAUUUUUAAUUUCAUGUUGCUUUUUUGAACUGAGAAUAUGAUGUAAUGAAAUUAAUUCAUGGGACUGAAUCUUGACCUUUUUAUGGACAACAAAAUAAUAAAAAAGAUCACUUAUGUACAAAAACAUGAAA